AACAAAUUGGAUGCCAACCGCCGUUAAACCUAAUUGAAGAAGAACAGUGCUUCGAAGUUGGUUACUUAGCGAUUUGGACGCAUGCCUCGGAGCUCCAGUGUCAAACGACGUGGAAGUUACAACUACUUGCAAGAUUUAAAGAACAACCAUGAGCACUCAAUACAGUAUUCUGUUCAAGCAAGAGCAUGCCCACGACGAUGCCAUCUGGACUGCUGCGUGGGGCAGAAGUGAGAGGGAUGGAUUGGAGACAAUAGUUACUGGCUCUCUGGACGACAUGGUGAAAGUCUGGAAAUGGUCAGACGAAAAGUUGGAGUUGCAGUGGACCCUGGAGGGCCACCAGCUGGGUAUAGUCUCAGUAGAUGUCAGUCCCAACGGAGCCAUAGCAGCCUCCAGCUCGCUGGAUGCCCACAUACGCCUCUGGGACCUUGAGUUCGGCAAGCAGAUCAAGUCCAUGGACGCGGGCCCAGUUGAUGCGUGGACAGUAGCCUUCUCCCCAGACUCCAAAUACAUUGCCACAGGAAGCCAUCUUGGAAAGGUCAACAUCUUUGGGGUUGAAAGCGGCAAGAAGGAGUACUCUUUGGACACCAGAGGGAAAUUCAUACUGAGUAUAGCCUACAGUCCAGACGGAAAGUACUUGGCUAGUGGAGCUAUAGAUGGAAUCAUUAACAUCUUUGACAUUGCCACUGGGAAACUACUCCAUACGCUCGAAGGUCACGCCAUGCCUAUCAGAUCGCUGACGUUCUCUCCAGACUCACAACUCUUGGUCACUGCCUCAGAUGAUGGCUACAUCAAGAUUUAUGACGUGCAGCAUGCCAAGUUGGCAGGCACUCUAAGUGGCCACGCGUCCUGGGUCCUCAACGUAGCUUUCUCCCCCGACGACACGCAUUUUGUGUCCAGCUCCUCAGACAAGAGUGUAAAGGUUUGGGACGCCAGCACCAGGGCGUGUGUCAACACAUUCUUCGACCAUCAGGACCAGGUGUGGAGUGUGAAAUACAACGGCACAGGUUCUAAGAUCGUAUCUGUUGGAGAUGACCGGGCCAUCCAUAUCUACGAUUGUCCCAUGUGAUGCAUCAGCUCUCAUUCCUACCACCUCUCCCAGCAGCAGACCAGGCAGCCUGAAUACUGGCACUCUUAAACCAAGGGAAGCAGGGCGUUCUAGUAAGAGGACCACAAGAACAUAGCUUAUCUUGCCUGGCUCAUCCUGCUUAUGGUGCAGCUCAAUAUUCUGACUUGCUUUCCUUCCUCUCAUCUGCACUGAUCUGAAAACAUAACAGGCAUUUGCAUUCACAAGCCCUGCUCCUUCUCGUGGAGAUGGAAGGUGAGGAGAGGAAGUCUAUUUAGACUAUUGAGAUGCACCUAUGGCCUAGCUCAGUCAGAAUAGCCCAUGGUUGCUCCACUGAGCCAGAGCUAAACUGCUCUGGAUUCAUCCACUGAAAUCCAACAAUGAUUGCGGAAGAGGUUCAAUGUCAUUGAUUAUUUUGCACUUCACUGUACCUGGCCCUCCUUUUUGUUGUACUCAAAAUAAAGGAUUUUUUGUAUUUUCA